AGUAAAGAAAAUCUAGUCUCUCUAAUGUAGCUAGCUACAUAGUAGUUUGUGAUUCAGGCCGGUUAGUUACUUCUACACGGGAAACAGACGAAGACAAUUCGAACGAGACAGCACCGCAACGAAAGGGAGAGAAAGUCUUGCGCGUAAAGGUUUGCGAGCACGCUACGUGAUAAUUCGUUACAACACCACGAUCUUCGCAAUCAGCGCCGAUAAAAGUGGGGACCCACUCUCACUGCUCGGCUUCUCCUCUCUCUCUCUCUCUCUCUCUCUCUCUCGUCGUCGUCAUCGCGGCCGAGUUCGCGGGCGGGCGAACUCUCGCGCGAGGCUGCGCUCACCUUUCGAGUUUCUUCGAGUUUGCGAGUUGCAGCCAGCCGGCUGCACACGCGAGUGCUGGUGGUGACGAGAUCGGAGCUUUUCACCUGUCUCGUCGUUUAAUCACGUACGAGUGACCCCGCGAGUGACCAUGGAGCAGACCGUGCCGAGUUUCGUGGAAAGCAACUGCAACCCCGACUAUGUGCCCACCGCCAUCGAGCUCAUAGAGAGUUUGAACAAGUUCGGAAUCGGAUUAUUGACUAUUGGAUCGAUAUUGUCGGUCUUGACGCUGUAUAUCGCGGUCGACGCCUGUCAUAACAUUCUUUUGCAAAAGGACUCCAGCUUCUACAAAACAAGCGCCAUCAUGAUCCUGUCGGUGUAUCCGGUCGCGAGCAUAUGCAGUCUCACGGCAAUCGCGAUACCAAGGGGCCAGCUAUUAUCGGAAGCAGUAACCCAAGUUUUUCUGACGAUAUCCCUCUAUCGACUUUAUCUCCUGCUGCUCGACGUCGGCCGCAGAAAGAUAACCGAGACGCCGUCGCUGAUACUGCGAGUUGGGCCAUGUUGCUGCUGGCCCUGUCUGCCCUUCCCAAGCCUCGAGAUGACCGACGCCAAUUUGUCUUGGCUAGGAAUUUUGGCCCUGCAACUUCCUAUCGUCCAGAGCCUCAUUUACUUCAUAUACCUCUUCAUGGCGGCGGAGAAUCCGAUGCUCUUCACAGAAUACGGCGUGUACCUUCAACCGCUUAUGGUGAUCAGCAUACUUUCGGGAAUAUACAGUCUCACCAUCACCACGAAGAGCCUGCACGCGGUAGCUCCAGAGGCCAAGUUACACCUCAAGACGCUGGUCUCGCAGCUGGUGCUACUGUUCUCCAAGUUGCAAGCGAGCAUUGUCAGUAAGGGUCUGCCCGCUACAGGCCUGUUCCCGUGCAACAUGCCCCUCACCCCGGAGAUCUACGCCAGUGUGACUCUUAACGCGCUGAUGCUAAUCGAGAUGCUGUUGCUCUGCUACGCUGCUAGGUACGUGUAUUAUGUCAAUCCCGAAAAGAAUCAAGAGCCGAACACAACGGAUCGGCCCAGGACGAGUCAAACGGACUCUGUGUACACGAUUACCGACAGCAACUGCAAGCAAUCUCCACCGAUGGUGAUGACCGCGUGAGACUCGAGCUAACGACAGGAUGUCGUGCGUGCUGUUUUCUCGCUCUCAUCAGCGUACUUGCCUAGUAGCAUGUCAGACACGCGAUUCUUCUAACUGCAAAUCGCGAGCUUAUCGUCGGCCGAAGAGACGUGCGUGAUCUAAAAGUUUAUUUCCUAUGGAAAGCUCCGUAACACGUAAGCUCUAUUUUGUAGAAAUUAAAGGAAGAAAGGAUACAGUAAUGGAAUCGACUUUGCGUGGACGAAAAUCCGAAAAUUCGUGCGAGUGCGAACACACAAUUGAACAAAUUAAUAUUAUAUAUUAAUAUUAUAUAUUAAUAUAUUAUUGUGCAGUGUCAAUCGCGACCUGGUCAGUUGAAUCUCAUUGAUAUAUUGUUGCAGUUAUUGUAAUAUUAAUAUAAAUCAACUUAAUAUUAAUUUAUAAAAAGCAUUAUAUAUAUUGAUAUUAUAAUUGCCGAGACGAAUAGUGAAUUGAUCCAAUUGACAGAUCACGAUUUGGUCGGAAAUUUUUUUACCAACGUAACGAACGCCACGCUACCAACUAAGGG